GAGCGACAGAGGGCCGGGAAAGACCUCUAUAUAUUCCUCAGAGGGAAAGGCAGUCCCAGAUAGUUUUGAAGUUUUCUAAGACUCGCUCUGCUGUUAAGAAUUUGCGCUCAAAGCUGAGGAGCUGAGCCACUUGCCAAAAUGUGCAAAGGACUUGCAGCUUUGCCCCACUCAUGCCUGGAAAGGGCCAAGGAGAUUAAGAUCAAGUUGGGAAUUCUUCUCCAGAAGCCAGACUCGGCUAUUGACCUUGUCAUUCCAUAUAAUGAGAAGCCGGAGAAACCAGCCAAGACCCAGAAACCCUCGCUGGAUGAGGUCCUGCAGUGGCGUGAGUCCCUGGACAAGCUCCUGCAGAACAACUAUGGACUUGCCAGCUUCAAAAGUUUCCUGAAAUCAGAAUUCAGUGAGGAAAACCUUGAGUUCUGGAUUGCCUGUGAGAAUUACAAGAAGAUCAAGUCCCCCGACAAGAUGGCUGAGAAGGCAAAGAAAAUUUACGAAGAAUUCAUCCAAGCGGAGGCUCCUAAGGAGGUGAAUAUUGAUCACUUCACGAAGGACAUCACAAUGAAGAACCUGGUGGAACCUUCCCUGAGCAGCUUUGAUGUGGCACAGAAAAGAAUCCAUGCCCUGAUGGAAAAGGAUUCACUGCCUCGCUUUGUGCGCUCUGAGUUUUAUCAGGAGUUAAUCAAGUAGCAAUUUGGUCUGGCUAUGAGAAUCAUCCUGAGAGUUAUUUCCUCCAUAAUAACCCUGUAUUUUCCAGCAACCUACCUAUCUUCCCAUAGCAGCUUUGCUCAAAGAUACCCCAACAGGGAAAAUCCCAGGGAGUGUUGUUUAUUCUUUUUGCCCACAUUGUUUUGCAUGUUUAUUGUCUGAAUGCCUUCCUUUCCCAGUUUCUUCUUCCUGCCCCAUUCUUAAUUAAGCUCUACUCAGUAUGUGAUUGUCAAACCCAAUCAGAUCACGGAAAAAUUCUGCCUAAGUCAGGGAAAUAUAAUAUAAGAAUAUGAUGUCAUUGAAUGUGAGUCCAUAAGGUUUAGCUAAUGGAUCUCCACGUAAAUUGGUCUGAAAAAGAAUAUGGAUGUGGAAAGACCAAUUUCAAGUGAGAUUUAUUGAUCUCAUUUGUUAUUUUAAUUCUGUUCCAGAGGGAUCACCCCUCUAACUAUUUCUGAACUCAGUUAGUAAAAGGUAGUAAGAAUUUUAAGAAGUAGGCACUGUUUGAUUUUUUAAGCAAAUACAUUAUUUAAAAUAUUGAUCUUCCCCUUAGAGCAUCUUUGUGUUAGCUGGAAAUUAUAAACAAGAGAUAAAACCAUGAACAUAUUGUGUUUAUACAAAAUCAGUCUGAACACAAUCCGUAUCGAUUCUUUCCUUAUAUACCUCCCUCAUACCUUCCCCGUAAAGUUACCAAAUUCUUUAUUAAAUCAGUGACCUAAGAUUGACAAUGGACUAUUUUAUAAAUGUAUCUGUGCCUCUAACGUGUAGGCCCAAAGUUUCAAUUUUCAAAUUAUUUUAAAUCCAUGCGAGUAUGAAAUUCCAAAAUUUUUAACUCCAAUCAUAUAAAAUAAAACAGUUGCUGUCCAUUGCAGCAGUCUCUCACCUCAAUAUCAAGAGGUUUGUACACUGAAAUGGGAAAAUUCCGUCAAGCCUAAAAUGGUUAAUUGUCUUAUGACGCCAUCUGUUUGUUUAGUAAGUGACGAUUUAUCUUCAAAACACCAAAUUAUCUUUGAAAAAAUUAAUUUGAUUACAUGUAGAGGCUUUCUAAGUAGGAUAGCGUUUUAAAGUACCGUGCAUUUUGCAAAAUAAUGUGAUCUUUUAGCACCCUCCGUCUUGCUGCCCUGUUUUGCUCCCUGUGGUAGUGAAUUCUGCUUAUCAUCAAAGUGCACAUUUAGACCCCAAACAUGCCUCACACAGAGCCGACUGAUAGGCCAUGGUAUUUUUUAGUAGGUUUAAACUUCUAAUCCUGUAUUUCAUUAUUAUAAGUCUUUCUAGAAUUUUUUUCUUAUCUUUAGAUUUGAUUAAGUAAUGAUUUACAUAAUCUAGUAAUAAAGAGAAUCAAACUAAACUACGUAUGAGGGUAACUAAGAUCAGGAUACUGAGUUAAUUAAAAAAAAGAGAAAGUAUUUUUUAAAGGAUUAAUAAAAUUCUGAAAUGUUUAAGUAGAAGAUUACAUUGUUUAGUCUUGUAUUUCCUCCUUUGUUUCCCUUUUUCAUUCACACACUCCUAGUUUCACAUGUUUGUAGCACAUUUAUUCAGUUACUUCCUAAGAAUAUUAAAAGUGAAGCAACUA